UCAGCCAGUUAUUUUUCGUUCGUCGAUGCGAGUGGUUCGUUGUGAUUUCUUGUGCUUUUAUUUAAAAAUUGUUGUCGCAUCGCAAUGAUCUUGAAGGAGGAGCAUCCACACCAGCGCAUAGUAACUGCCGCAAAUGCGGUGAAACAGGCGCAGAUCCGCUGGCGACUUGCACAUCAUAAGGCACUCAGCCGUACUCGAACACCAGCGCACGGCAAUUGCUGCGGUCGCGUCGUCAGUAAAAAUCACUUUUUCAAGCACAGUCGCGCGUUUCUGUGGUUCCUGCUGUGCAACAUAGUGAUGAGCGCGGACUCAUUCGCCCACUCCCAGCUGCUCAUUAACGUCCAAAAUCAGGGCGGCGAGGUGAUCCAGGAGAGUAUUACCUCCAACAUUGCCGAGGACCUGAUAACGCUGGAGUUUCAGAAGACCGACGGAACACUCAUCACCCAGGUCAUCGACUUUCGCAAUGAGGUUCAAAUCCUCAAGGCUCUGGUUCUCGGCGAGGAGGAGCGUGGCCAGAGCCAGUACCAGGUCAUGUGUUUCGCCACCAAGUUCAACAAGGGCGACUUCAUCUCCUCGGCGGCAAUGGCCAAGCUGCGCCAGAAGAAUCCGCACACCAUCCGCACUCCCGAGGAGGACAAGGGCCGCGAGACCUUCACCAUGAGCAGCUGGGUGCAGCUCAACCGCUCCUUGCCCAUCACUAGACAUCUGCAGGGACUCUGCGCCGAGGCCAUGGACGCCACCUAUGUCCGGGAUGUGGACCUUAAAGCUUGGGCGGAGCUGCCAGGCUCCUCGAUUUCCAGCCUGGAGGCCGCCACCGAGAAGUUCCCGGACACGCUCUCGACGCGCUGCAACGAGGUGAGCAGCCUGUGGGCGCCCUGCCUGUGCAACCUGGAGACCUGCAUCGGCUGGUAUCCCUGCGGGCUCAAGUACUGCAAGGGCAAGGGAGUCGCCGGAGGGGACUCGUCGGGCGCCCAGCAGCAGGCACAGCCGACGAAUUAUCGCUGCGGCAUCAAGACCUGCCGCAAGUGCACACAGUUCACCUAUUAUGUGCGGCAGAAACAACAGUGCCUCUGGGAUGAAUGACGACGCGGCGAGCUGCAGCUGAUGCAGAUGCGCUGCGCCAGGCGGCGGAAUGGGAGCGAGUUUGGGGAUGAUGCCAGAGCCACCUGCCCGGGUGGCGAAACAAGAACAGCUAGCACAACCGCGACAAUAACUGGCGGGGGAGCUGUGGGAAGUGGGAAGGAUACAACGACAGCGACAACAACGACGACCAACAAAUUACGCCAACUGCUUUUGUUGGUCCAGCAGCAGAUGCCUUUUGCUCUGUGGAGUUUUCCGGUCCAUCACAUUUCCCAGUCCCAUCACCAGUCCCAGUCCCAACAUAAGCCCAGCCGGCAGCAGCAGCAGCAUCAGCAUCAUUCUCAGGUUGCCCCCACUCCGCAUCACCAGUCAUCACCAUCAACACCAUCAUCAGUAAAACCACCAUUAUCAUCAUCAGCAUCAUCGUCGUCGUCGUCGUCCGCAAUGGCCGCCAUCGUUGCGUGAUAAUGAACGCUUGAAAAACCCAACUUACACAAUCCACUACACUACACGUCCAGGAAAAAAACGAAUGCUGACACUUUUUCCGCUCACGAUUCAAGGCGAUUCUGGACGCGGACAUUCGAAUGCAAGCCACUGGGUGGAGGGUUUACUACAGCAAAAAAGGAGUAAAACGAAAUAAAUGUAAAAAUGUGCUUCUGUAUACUAUGUAUAUAUAUGUAUAUUUAACGAUGAUUAGCUUUUAGCCAGCUUACGUUUUACGCUUAUGCCGGAUUUCGUUUUAGACCUAGAUUAGGUGUCCUUAUUCAAUUUAAUCCUAAGAGAGCUCGCUGAAUUAAAGGUUAAGCACUUCUGA